GAUUCUGCUGAAGGUGCAGAAAAAGGAGAGACAAAUGAACGAAGGAGAAGAGAAAGAAAAGAGGAUUUGAAAAAACGUGACAAAAAGAGGAAGAAAGAUUUCACAACAGACUGGAGACCAAAGCUACAGACGAGAAAAACAGACAAAAACCAAGCAAAGUGAGAUAAAAGGUGGGUUUUACUGGUUCACACAGCAGGAAGAAAAAGUGGCUGACAAGGAAAAAUCGGUUGAACGUCAUCAAUACAUCCAGGAAUCAGUGAAAGAACAUCUGGCUACACUCAAGUGUCACACACAGCUCCAGCUCCUCCUCCUCCUCCUCCAGAUCCUCCAACGGGGUGCACCUUAGACCUUCAAGUCAUCGCUCUAUCAGCUGAUCAGUUUAUUUGUUCACUUGACUGAAUCUUCAGAGAAAAAUGGCUGCCAACUCACCGAAAGACAAGUAUUUUGGAGUAUGGCUGAUUUUCUUCAUGCUUGGUUUGGGAACGUUGCUGCCGUGGAACUUUUUCAUGACUGCUACCAAGUACUUCACCAGCCGUCUGAAGGACACCUCAGUGGUUAUUUCUUCAGCCAAUCAGACAGAGGUAUCUAGUGACGAUCGCACUGUCCUCGAGGCCAUAUUCAACAAUGUGAUGACGCUCUGUGCAAUGUUACCACUGCUCAUCUGCACGUGUCUCAACUCCUUCCUGCUCUCACUAAUCUCACAGCGUCUGCGUGUCAUGGGCAGUCUCUUCGUCAUCAUGCUUGUCUUCAUCAUCACCGCUGUCCUUGUGAAAGUUCCUCUAGAGCCCUUCCACUUCUUCCUCAGUACCAUGGUGAAGAUUGCCAUCAUCAACUCCUUCGGGGCUGUGCUACAGGGGAGCCUUUUUGGGAUGGCUGGAUUGCUCCCAGCUUCAUACACAACUCCCAUCAUGAGUGGUCAGGGACUCGCUGGGACCUUUGCCGCCUUCGCCAUGAUCUGCGCCAUAGCAAGCGGUUCGGAGCUUCAGGAUGCAGCGUUUGGGUAUUUCAUCACAGCCUGUGUGGUUAUUUUUUUGUCCAUUCUCUCCUACAUCCUGCUGCCCAAACUGGAGUUUUUCCACUUUUAUCAGGAGAGAAACACGAAGCAGAUCUCUCUGGAGCAGAAUUCUAUCAGCCUGAUGAACAGAGAUGCAGUGGCUGAUCAGACAAAGCCUCAGGACGUCUCCAUGCUGAAAAUCUUUAAGAAGAUCUGGAUCUUGGCCCUGUCAGUCUGUUUUACCUUCACUGUAACCAUUGGCACAUUUCCCGCCGUCACUGCCGACACCAAAUCCACGCUCAGUGACGGAGGUUCCUGGGACCAGUACUUCAUCCCUGUCAGCUGCUUCCUGCUCUUUAACCUGUGUGACUGGGGUGGGCGGAGCUUAACAGCCAUCUUGAUGUGGCCAGGAAAAGACAGUGUGAUACUUCCUGCAUCCAUUGGGUGUCGCCUGGUCUUCAUCCCUCUCUUCAUGCUGUGCAACGUUCACCCUCGUGCCUACCUGCCGGUCGUUUUCCAUCACGACUGCUUCUUUAUCCUCUUCAUGAUCCUCUUUGCCUUCAGUAAUGGGUACCUGGCAAGCCUCUGCAUGUGUUAUGGUCCAAAGAAUGUUCUUCCUCAUGAAGCAGAAACAGCUGGAGCCAUCAUGGCGUUCUUCCUCUCUCUGGGUUUGGCAUUAGGAGCUGCUCUCUCCUUUCUCAUUAGAAUACUGGUUUAACUGGAAAUGUCAUCUUUCUCUUGGACUAACUGUGAAAUUAUCAGUGAAAUCUUUUGUGCAGUUCUUGAGUGGCAGAAAAGCUUCAGUCAGACUGAAACUCCACAGCUCUUCAACUUUGUCUUCAUUAUUUUCUGUUUUGUCCUGAUGGAGGUGCUGCAGGAUUAUUUUCAGUAUUUAUUUCUUAAACAUGAAUCUGUACAAUAAAUAUUCUUUGUAUGUAUUCAUUAGAGACAUUAAAAAAAGUUUAACAGGUUAAAAGAUCUUUGAUAUUCACAUUGAUCGUCUUCAUAGAGUUCUCAGAGCAUCACCAUCUGUGAUUUCCAGAUAAAUUAUUGGACUAAAAUCCAGCUUUAAGAGUUUUAUUGAAAGAAAUGUGGUGACUUGAUUAUAAUUAAAGUUUAAAGGGUUCACAUACUGACAUACAUUAUGAAAAUGACUUGAGUUACACGUUUGGUAAGCAAUGAAAUGACACUGAAAUAAUACUACUAAUAUUACAAUAAUAAAAGUUAAGCAGUAUAAACUCCACAGUAAUAAUUUGACAGUAUUAAAUUAAAGCACUGAGUUAGUGAAGUUAUUGAUGAAGUCUGAUCUUCAUCUCUGUGUUUUUAUUUUCAUGUUAAUAUUGUAAUGAGAAAAAACAGUGUAUUUAACGUGGAUCCAAAUAAAUUAAAACUGCAGUGUG